AUAAUGUACAGCAAUGUUUUUCAUUUUUUAAUCUUCAGUAGCCUACUUUUAGCUGUAAAAGUGAGAACGUCAUAACACUACAAUUACCUGACAUUUAGCUAUAGCCAACAUUUCCUUCCCUGUGCUUUUAGAUCUCAGACACUUCGACAAUCAGACGGGACUAAAAAUGGAUUAUGUUAAAAAAAAAAAAUAGUAUGCAUAGAUAUAAACAGAUUUAGCCAUUUUUAAGUAUGGGCCUCCUGACAGACACGCAAAUUAGACUGAUAUAGUCAAAAGCGGAACAUUAUGAACUCGUGAUCUGUUACCAGUCACGACUCCCUACUGAUUUGCACAGAUCAUUGCCAGUCUGUAGCUUGGCUAUCUGCCUCUUUAAGAGCAAUUUCCUCCCAUUGUCAAAUAGUCGUGAGCAGGAAGAGGCAAAUGAAACGAGAAACCGAGGGGGCAGGGCCAUUUAAAAAUACCUGCUGUAGAAUAACGGGGACAGUCUCUCCUCCCUCAGAGGGACGCUACGCGAGGAAUAUCAAGGACACAAAAACGCGCGGAUCUAUUAGCCUUCACUACCUUCGCAAGUGGACACGGACUCCUGGUCAAAACACACAAUUGACCUCUGAGGGAUAUUUGGAAUGUGGUAGGCUAUCAAUUGUCACACGGAGCUAGACAGUCAUUACGUUAACAGUGUUUACAACGGAUUGCAAAGGGGAAAUGUUAUCUUCACUGAACAAUAAUGAAUUGUGAACAUCUAUGAACACAAGUCUUUAAAGACACCCGCUGUCUGCUGAGUAUAGCUGGACAGGUGCUUUAAUUAAUCUAUUUGCCUUCAAAACGCAUCUUACACUGAAGGAUGCGUUCUGCAAUGCCGCAAUUUUAAAUAGUGAAAUUAAAUGUAAGGGAGAAAGAGAGGGUGUUCUCUCAAUGUGCAGCAGAAUUUAGAGAGCAGCUGGAUGCUCUGGAGGAAACAUUUUGGAAUGUCAUCUACAAUUGAAAGGAAGACAUUGGAGGCAAACGAGGAGCCCGUGGAUGAGGUCCUCCAGAUGCCACCAUCACUGCUGAAUUGCGGUGGCUGCCAGCAGAGCAUUGGCGACCGUUUCUUCCUGAAGGCGAUAGAACAGUACUGGCACGAGGACUGCCUGAGCUGUGACCUGUGUGGAUGCCGCCUGGGCGAAGUUGGCCGGAGGCUUUACUACAAACUCGGACGCAAGCUGUGCCGUCGAGACUACCUGAGGCUCUUUGGUCAGGAUGGGCUCUGUGCCUCGUGCGAUAAGCGGAUCCGCGCUUUCGAGAUGACCAUGCGAGUGCGGGACAAGGUCUACCACCUGGAGUGCUUCAAGUGUGCGGCCUGCCAGAAGCACUUCUGCGUCGGAGACCGUUACCUGCUCAUCAACUCGGACAUUGUUUGCGAGCAGGACAUUUUUGAGUGGACAAAACUCAACAGCAACAUGUAGGGAGUGUUUCUGGAUCCCGUCACCUCUUCAUCUAGCCCUUUGCCACUUCAGAUGAAUAACUAUGUGUCAGUAUUGAAGGGGCGAGUGUGUGCCACCUUUAAAACACCUACAGCACUGCAGCAGCAAGCUUGGGCAGCUUCAGAUACGGACCGUCACCAGGUUGACGAGUAUGUUUCACCAGCACUCAAACCACGAUGAACAAGACUCAAAGAUUUCAUGAAUGUCUUGAUGGAUACAAAAAGGACAAUGCUUUGAUAAUGGCAGUAAAAGCUGUAGUGCAAACUAUUUGUCUUUUGUUGAGCGAUGUAAAUAUUGUAGUGAUUAUUAUUUACUGAAUGAGUAUCCAUAUGACUUGUCUAUAAUAUUAUUUGAAACAGCUUUAUAAAAAUGAUCAAAUUAUUAAAUUUACAGUUUUGCUUUG